ACGAUUGGGAUGAAUGGCAAGCUUGAGCUAUACAGGCGCAGUAUAAAGUCUCUCUUUAUCUUUCCACUAUCAGAAUGAGAUCGUCUAUUUUGCACCCUCAAAAUGUCUAUCCGGCUGUCGACUAAUCAACUACGCUAUCACCUUGACAAGGUCGCCGGUCCCCGGCUCAAGACCCUUUCUCUUGCACGGAAUUACUGCGUGGCAAGUGCAAUACCUCAGACGAGGCCCUUAGCAAGACCGUCAAGGUCCCAGGGGACAAAGUGUUCACGUCAAUACGUUCAAAGAACAUCCGCCCUCCCUAGUAGCAUAGUCCCUCAGAAGACCAUGCAGAUGCAACGAUCAUACAGUGCUCGGCCAUCUAACGAAGGGGGCGAACCGACCAUCCAUGACGUGUUCGAGAGUAACACGGGGACGUGGCAGUAUAUUGUUGCCGACCCAUCGACAUUGAAGGCCAUCAUCAUCGACCCAGUGUUGGAUUACGAUCCAGCCACACAAACCAUCGAAACGCAUUCAGCAGACAACUUGAUCUCGCUCGCUAAGAAAAACAAUUAUAAGAUCGAAAUGAUCCUCGAAACACACGCUCAUGCAGACCAUAUCACUGCAGCCUCUUACUUACAGAGUCGUAUAGCCCGUGAUAUGGGCUACAAGCCGCUCAUUGGAAUUGGAAAGCGGAUUGGACAAGUGCAAGAAUUAUUCGCCCAGAGAUACGGUGUCCCACUAGAGGAAUACCAGAAUGUCUACGACAUCCUAUUCGAUGAUGAUGAAGUUUUCAAGAUCGGCGAAGUGACAGCCCAAGCCAUACACCUUCCUGGUCACACUCCGGACCAUUUGGGUUAUAAGAUUGGAGAUAACGUAUUUUGUGGUGAUUCACUGUUCCAUGUUGACAUUGGCACCGCCCGAUGUGACUUCCCAGGCGGUAGCGCCACUAAUCUUUUCAAUUCCGGGCAAAAGCUCCUCCAAUUACCAGAUAACGUGAAGAUAUGGACAGGACACGAUUAUCCUCCAGAUGGGCGUGACCAACCGGUACCUUGUGUGAGCGUAGAAGGCCACAAGAAGAAUAACGCGCAUAUCAAAGAUGGCGUUACAGAACAGGAAUUUGUGGCUAUGCGCACAGAACGGGACGCCAAAUUGGCUGCACCUCGGCUACUUCAUCAGUCCUUGCAGAUGAAUAUCCGGGCAGGCCGACUGCCCAAUAAGACAACUGCAGGAUUUCGGUUGCUUCAUCUACCACUAAAGUUAAAUGGGGUUGAAUGGUAGUCGUGCAGAUUUUGUAUAUAUGUAUAUUCUUGCCGCUUUGGCAAAUGCUCAUCGGUAUAAAGUGUGUAUAUAUCGAGGUACUGAACAACCGGUCCUUAUCUGAAAUUUUGUGUAGUACCUUACCGGAGCAAUUCAAUGUUCGAAGGUUAAGCAG